AUGAGCGCCGCUGGACCGCCCCAAGCCAAGGCAUUCUCCUGCAUUCGAUGCUUUGAGCGCAAAGUAAAAUGCGACAAGCAGAGCCCCUGCUCAAAUUGUGUCAAGUCAAAAGUUGAAUGUACAUUCCGCAUUCCACCAGCUCCUCGUCGCAGGAAGAAACGUACCCAAGAGGACCUUCUGCUGGCCCGACUCAAGAAAUGCGAAGAGCUCCUCAAGAGCAAGGGCAUUGAUAUUGACACCGAAGUCACAUCCACUGUUGCCUCCACGUCGACAAUCCUUGAAAGUCCUUCCAGCACACAACCUAUAAAUACCCCCCAACAACACAGCCCCAGCACAGAAAGCGUGAUCGCAAAGCAGCGCGAAAUCUUCGCUGCCUACCCGCCCGAACUCCAAAAAUCCGGUCAGUUGAUUGUGGAUCAAGGGAAAUCCCGCUUCAUUGAAAAUCCUCUCUGGGCAAGUCUCUCUGACGAGUUUCGGCAACCCAAUGAAGCUAUCGCCGAGUAUUCCGAAGACGAGGAUGAAAUAGGAUCUCCUCUUGAGGAGAGCACUGACUUUGUUCUCGGCUAUACCCCGUCUAGCAACCCAGUUCAACAUUUGCACCCCUCGCCAAGCAACAUCCUCAUCUUAUGGCAAAUCUUCCUUGACAACAUCAACCCAAUGUCCAAGCUGAUCCACCAACCAACCCUCCAUAAAACUCUGGUUCAAGCUUCCUCACAGCUGGAUAACCUGCCGCGAGGUCUGGAGGCACUGAUGUUCGCAAUCUAUAGCUCCGCUGUCUACUCGGUUGGCGAUGAUGAGUGUGAGAUGAAGCUCGGUGAACCUCGAAAGAUUCUACUCGCGAGAUAUCGCCAUGCGACUAGGAAAGCGCUUGCCAGAGCAAGGUUCUUGGCAACAUCGGAGCUGGUAGUUCUCCAGGCCUUCUUCCUUUACCUGUUGACCAUGCGCGAAGACUACGACUCCCGCACCACAUGGACCCUGGCCGGAGUGGCUAGUCGUGUUGCGCAGGGUAUGGGACUCCACCGAGAUGGAACGAGUCUUGGGGUCUCACCAUUUGAGACGGAAAUGCGCCGGCGCCUAUGGUGGCAGAUUACAACCUUGGAUUUUCGGUCAGCAGAACUCAGCGGGUCAGGUCGAUCGGGGGACUUCUCCAUGUCCGAUACCUUGGUACCGAGCAACGUCAACGACGAAGACAUUUACCCGGAUAUGAAGGAGCCACCAGUCCCGCACACACGGCCGACGGAGAUGGCGUCGUGCCUUUUGCGCUGCGAGCUAGGAAACUAUUGGAAGGAGAAGUUCAAGCAGAGAUCGAAUGUCGCCCUCGAGCAUCUCCGCAUUGACUCGCCCUUUACAAGUUACCUAGAGGAAAGAGAUGCCUUCAUCAACGAGCUGGAACAGCGACUAGAGGAGAAGUUUCUGAGAUACUGUGACCCUUCCAUUCCUAUACAAUUCAUGACUAUAAUAAUCGGCCGAGGGGCAAUCAACAGCAUGAGGCUCAUGGCUCACCAUCCCCGCAAAUGGACCAAGGGGGAAGACAUUCCAGCUGCAGAGCGAGAGUAUCUCUGGAAUGUCUCGAUGACGCUUCUCGAAGGCAUCAACCUGGCACAUUCAUCUAAGCAACUACGGAGGUUUAUGUGGCAUACCAGGGUGUUCUUCGUGUGGCAAGCCUUUAUCUACAUUCUCAAUGAGCUCAAGGAACGGACCAUCGGCGACGAAGUCGACAAGGCGUGGCAAGAGGUAGAGGAGGUAUACCGACAUCACCCCCACUUCGUUACAGAUUACAAGAAACCCCUGCAUGUCGCGGUAGGUAGUCUGUGUCUCAAAGCCUACAGGGCAAGGGAGGCCGCGCUGCGUGAAACCACCAAUGGCGUUUUCCCAAAGACAAUCCCCGAGUACAUCAAGCUUCUCCGUGAGCAGCGCGAGACUGGGCCGCUAAUGCGCGCGAAAACCACAGCAACAACCGCUGCCAACUCGUCGAGCGUGGCUGUCAAGACUGUCGACAACAUGGCGGUGGGAAUGGAGAGCAACGACCAAUAUUCGGCUGUGCCGGGGUGGGAAAACGAUCUCGUGACGGACCCGUCGAGCAGCAGCUACAACGCUCCGCAACUGGCCGCGAGCGGUCUUGUAGGUGGCGCGGGCGUCCCGCAUCAGCUUCCGCUCCCGGCAUUCCAGCCCAUUCCGACGCCCUUCGCGGGUGACGGCAUCAUGCUCGCGUCGGAACCAAAUUUUGCCCAUGAGCUGGACGUAGGUGAUAUGCCUAUGGACUGGGCACAAUGGGACAUUAUCAUGCAGGACUUUAGCGGCCAGAUGGGCCCGUAUCGAGGUUGA